AUGAAGACGUUGCAGCGACUUGUGCCAGGCUGUGAUAAGGUGACCGGAAAGGCCCUUGUGUUGGACGAAAUAAUCAAUUAUGUUCAGUCCUUACAGAAUCAAGUGGAGUUCUUGUCAAUGAAACUUGCUUCUGUGAAUCCCAUGUUCUUUGACUUGGCAAUGGACUUAGACACCCUCAUGGUGAGACCUGAUCAGAAAUUAAAUAAUGUAGCAUCACCAUUACCAUGUGUAGCACAAUGCAGACCAAACCAGGCCAUUGCUUUUGCUGACACAACCACCCUGACCACCACUACCAGCAGUUUCCCUACCACAAAUAAUGAUGACUAUCUUUUAGAUUAUUCAUCCUCACCUUUUCUUCAACCCCAGAGGCCAAAUGUCUUCUUUGAGUAUAACGGUGGUCAGAUUUGGGAAGUAGACCAACGACAGAAGUUUCUUCAUCCAUAUGGAUUCGCCAAUAAUUCUGGUUCUUUCAACUAA